AAUUAUUUGUGUGAAUUUUGGGCAGUUGGACAACGUCGUAGUGUUUCGUGUUUCAGAACAAAGACGACGGGAAGGGAAAGAUCAGAGACGAAGUUAUUUGGUUCUUAAACUGGUAUAUGAGCAUCUUCAAUGACGAAAGUUCAAGUUAAGAUGGUGCUAACUCCAUGGCGGAGCAAAAUAUACAAUUCCUUCAGUUAGAUCUCGAUUUCUUCUUCUUUUCAAUCCGCCUCUCUGAUCCCAUUAGAUCUCGUCAAUCAUUUCCAACACCAAUCUGAUCUGUGAAUUCGAGAAGAUCCUUAGGAAGCUGGAAACUAAUGGCAGGAGCAGCCUCGGCACUGUUUCUCCUGGACAUCAAGGGGCGCAUUCUGGUGUGGCGCGACUACCGGGGGGAUGUCUCCGCUGUUCAAGCAGAGCGCUUCUUCACCAAGCUCAUCGAAAAGGAGGGCGAUCCUCAGUCCCAAGAUCCGGUUGUGUAUGAUAAUGGAGUAACAUACAUGUUUGUACAGCACAGCAAUGUUUACCUGAUGACAGCAUCGAGGCAAAAUUGCAAUGCAGCCAGCCUUCUUUCCUUCCUACACCGAGUUGUUGAUGUCUUUAAGCAUUAUUUUGAAGAGUUGGAAGAGGAAUCACUUAGGGAUAACUUUGUGGUAGUGUAUGAGUUGCUUGAUGAGAUGAUGGACUUUGGCUACCCUCAAUAUACAGAGGCAAGAAUUCUUAGUGAAUUUAUCAAGACAGAUGCAUAUAGGAUGGAGGUCACGCAGAGACCUCCUAUGGCUGUUACAAAUGCUGUGUCUUGGCGAAGUGAGGGUAUAAAUUACAAGAAAAAUGAAGUUUUCUUGGAUGUGGUGGAGAGUGUUAAUAUACUUGUCAACAGCAAUGGACAGAUAAUUAGGUCAGAUGUCGUUGGGGCACUGAAAAUGCGAACCUAUUUGAGUGGCAUGCCCGAGUGUAAGCUUGGCUUGAAUGAUAGAGUAUUAUUGGAGGCACAAGGCCGGGCAACAAAAGGAAAAGCAAUUGAUUUAGAGGACAUCAAAUUUCAUCAGUGUGUACGUUUGGCUCGUUUUGAAAAUGAUAGGACAAUAUCCUUCAUACCACCUGAUGGAUCUUUUGAUCUGAUGACAUAUAGACUCAGUACCCAGGUAAAACCUCUGAUCUGGGUGGAAGCUCAAGUUGAAAGGCACUCAAGAAGCCGUGUUGAGGUCUUGGUAAAGGCAAGGAGUCAAUUUAAGGAGCGAAGUACUGCUACAAAUGUUGAGAUUGAGUUGCCAGUACCAUCUGAUGCUUCCAACCCAAAUAUGCGGACAUCAAUGGGAUCUGCAUCAUAUGCACCUGAAAAAGAUGCCUUAAGCUGGAAAAUUAAAUCCUUUCCCGGGGGCAAGGAGUAUAUGUUGAGGGCAGAGCUCAGUCUCCCCAGUAUAGCUGCUGAAGAGGCAACCCCUGAGAGAAAAGCUCCUAUACGUGUGAAAUUUGAGAUACCAUAUUUUACUGUUUCUGGAAUACAGAGGAAAGAGAUGAUCAGGUAGAAGCACUUGUCAAGAGUGAGAUUCUUAAGAGGUUCGCUAUCUGAAGAUUAUUGAGAAGAGUGGCUACCAGGCUCUGCCAUGGGUGAGAUACAUAACCAUGGCUGGGGAGUAUGAAUUACGGCUUGUGUGAAAGCUGCUUGGUUUAAUUGGCUUACAAUCCCACCACCUAUAUGAUUAUGAAAUCCAAUCACCGAAAACAUUUACAGAAAUAACAAAACUGGUAGACGAACAAGGGCAAAUGGGAAGUCAUUGUAAUUUUUCAUUUUGGGUAAGAAAAUUUUAUUUGCGUUGCUGUGCUUGAUUCUGUGCAUUAAGGUUGUUAAUCCGGCAAGUAGCCUUGUAAUGUUGAUAUUCAGGAAGUUUUUUAUCUUAUGCAAAUCAAGAACAAGGUAUUUUGAAUUGAAAAUUUUGCACUAAA